AUGCUUAAAGGAUUGGUUGGGCAGUUCAAGCCAAGGAAGCUCUUUACUGAUAUCAAAGCAAGUUUCAGCAAAGCAGAAGAGUGGGAUCUCCAGCUUUUCAAGGAUACAACAAAACACAUUGUAGACAAGUCUCUUUACUCAGUUGGUCUAUGGACUCAGAUUGCAAUAGGCUCUUCUUCCUCUCUCUUACUAAACGCUGAACGUCAUGGAGACAAAAAUGAGAUCAGAAAGAAGCUUAUGUUUGUUCAUCCGCUUGAGAAACAUGAUCUCACUGUGGAAGCAGCUUGGCCUGAUCUGUUUUUGGACCAUAAAGGACGUUUCUGGGAUGUUCCUGAGUCGUUAAACUUUGAUGUCUCUUCUCUUGUUCCAGAGACCGGGCUUCAGUACCGUUUCGGUGUACACAAAAGCAACGGUGAUCCUCAGCUUAUCAAUGCUUCUGUUUCUGAGAGUAGUGGCGUUGCUCCUGCUUCUUUGAUGCCUGGUUUAUGCGCCAAGGCUGCAGUUUCAUACAAGGCUAAGAGAGACUUGUGGAGGCCUAAAGAAGACAACACAAAAGAAGAAGAAGAAGAUGAUGAUUCACCUGUUUUUCUACCUUACGAUUUACGCCUCAAGGAGCCUCAUGCAGGAGUUUCAGGAAUCGUAGGUGGCAGCUUGGCAGCUUGGAUUACAGGACGAGACGUGUUGGUUAACGGCAAGAAGAGGAGUCCGAUAAGCGCAGAUGUGUUUGGUUCUGCUUGUUAUACGUUUCAGAAAGGGAAGUUUAGUAAGUUGUAUGGUGAUCUAACAAGAGUAGAUGCUCGUGUAGACGUUUCCUCAGCUUCUGCUCUUGCUAAAAGAAUCUUCCAUGCAAUCAGAAGAUCUUCAAACAAAACAGAUGACACAUCUGGUUCUCCCAGGCUCAACCUGAUAUUCCAGCAACAGAUUGCAGGUCCAAUUGUUUUCAAAGUGGACUCACAGUUUCAGGUAGGUGCAGGGAAGUAUGGUGCACAAAUGGAAGAUCUGAUUUACAGUUUGAACUACUCAUUGAGGCUUCUUGAAUCUGGAAAAGUCGUGGCUUGGUACUCCCCAAAGAGAAAAGAAGGCAUGGUCGAGCUUCAAGUUUAUGAGUUUUAA